GCGACUUUGCAGCAACGAAAAUAAGAUUCGAGAGAAUGGCCGACGGGCUGGGCCUGCAGCAACUGCCCGGCGGCGGCGGCGGCGGCCGAAACGCGACGGGCAACGAGUCGGAGCCGUGGCCGCCGGAGCUUUUCUACCGGCACUCGGCGGCCAUGACGGCGCUUUACUGCGUCGCCUACCUGGCCGUGUUCGCCGUCGGCCUCGUCGGCAACUGCUUCGUCGUCGCCGUCGUCGUCCGCUCGCCCCGCAUGCGGACCGUCACCAACUACUUCAUCGUCAACCUCGCCCUCGCCGACAUCCUCGUCAUCGUCUUCUGCCUCCCCGCCACCCUCAUGUCCAACAUCUUUGUCCCUUGGGUGCUCGGCUGGUGGAUGUGCAAGACCGUUCCGUACAUCCAGGGCGUGUCGGUGGCCGCCUCCGUCUACAGCCUCAUCGCCGUUUCGCUAGAUAGGUUUCUGGCCAUCUGGUACCCGCUCAAGUGCCAGAUCACGAAGCGGCGGGCGCGCAUCAUGAUCAUGGUGAUCUGGCUGGUGGCGCUGACGACCACCAUCCCGUGGGCGCUGUUCUUCGACCUGGUCACCGUCUUCAAGGAGCGCCCUGACGUGCAGAUCUGCCUGGAGGUGUGGCCGCCCGGGCUGGACGGCGACCUCUACUUCCUGCUGGCCAACCUGCUGCUGUGCUACGUCAUGCCCACCAUCCUCAUCUCCAUCUGCUACAUCCUCAUCUGGAUCCGCGUGUCCAGGCGCAGCAUCCCCACCGACACCAAGGACGGACAGGUCGAGCGCAUGCAGCAGAGGUCAAAGUUCAAGGUUGUGAAGAUGCUGGUCGCCGUCGUGGUCCUCUUCGUCCUCUCUUGGCUGCCACUCUACGUCAUCUUCGCCAGGAUCAAGCUUGGCGGCGACAUCUCCGGCUGGGAGGAGGAUGUGUUGCCGAUCGCGACGCCGAUUGCACAGUGGCUGGGCGCGUCCAACUCUUGCAUCAACCCUGUGCUGUACGCAUUCUUCAACAAGAAGUACCGUCGCGGCUUCAUGGCGAUCGUGCAGAGCCGGUCUUGCUGCGGCAACCUGCGCUACGACUCGACCUUCACGGCCAGCUACAAUUCCAACAGCACGCGCAAAACGCUGUGCCAGUCGUCGACGCGGCAGGGCCAGAUGCAGGAGUCGCUGCGCAAGGACUUCCGGCACAGCUCGGUGCAGCGCGACCCCUUCUCGUUCAACCAGACCACCCUGCGCAAGGACUUCAUCUCGCGAAGCCCGCCCAAGCGCCAGGACUCGGCCACCUCCAGUCUCAUCCCGCGCACGCCCCCCGUGCGUCAGGACUCGGCCUCCUCCACCACCUCCUCCGUCGCCUACAUCUGCAACCACAGCGGCGUCUAAACGACGCUCUCCGAAAACUGCUGGUCUUCGAUAAUUGGGCUGGUGCAGCGAAAGUUGCACGAAAGGAGAAUAUAAUGGAGGGGAAAUUGUUGUCCCUAUAGCGAUCUCUCGUCGCGCGCGGUUGACACGGGGCUUCGCUUGUGCCCCGUAACUUAAGCAGCCGUAAAAUUGAGACCUUGUUCUUGUAAUUGAUGGAAAGCGGCCCGGGAAGACCGGUGAUGAUUGGCGACAGAGCGAUCGACUUGAUGAGAUAAUGCACAAGUUGAACGGCUCAAAUUUGCUCAGAACAUUUAUAGAAAAAAAUUAAAAGCCUUGAAAAUUUUAUUUAGGAAAAGCAAUUCUAUUAAAGAAAUAAAUAUGAAGUUUAUUAAUUAAUUAAUUAUUAUUUUAAAACCUUUUAAAUUUCAUACAACUACGAAUUGUUUAAAUAUUUAAAUCAAAUAUUAAUAAACAAUAAACAAAUAUUAUACAAUGCGUCUGCUUGAACUGCUUUGACUUUUAAAUGAGUGCUUGUUGACUUUCGUUAUCAUCUUUGACUUAUUGUGUCUGAAUUGACCCACUUUCUGAGAGCUGCGAUUUAAAAUAUAUCAACCUUUUGAUAUUUUGAGGAAAAUUUAUUUGCAAAUCGAGUUUCUUGAUUUAUUAACAAGCACCUGCUUAAAAGUUAAGUAGUUCAAAGAUACGCAAAUAAAUUUUUAGAGGAAAAUCACGUUAAUAGGAAAUUAUGAUGGCGUAUCUCAUUGUCAGUUGACUUAUAACUAGCAAUUGAAGUUGAGAUUUAAAAAGAAAAAGGAUCAUUUUAGUGCAAAGGAGAGGAAACGGAUUUUUUGCGCAAACUUUUCCACUUUUGAUAUAAAAAACUACAAUUCUUCACGCUUCGUCGCCAAUCAAGGCCGUUCUUCCACUUGGGCCUGACCCAGUUUGACAUUUGGAAGGUCGGCUUGACCACCGCGUGCUGUGUGCGGAAAUUACUCACUCACAGAUGGAUAAUAAUUGUUAUUACCCGUCAGUUUAAUACCGUGGUGUAACCUAAUUAACAGGGUAACAAAUCGAUACUGCAAUACUCACCCCGCGAGUCACUCGUACGUCUAAUAUGAUAUACAUAAAUAGCCACUUGUACCGAUCGAUCUCGGUCCCAAAGUCAAAAGUACACUCAAAAGUAAAUAUAUAUAUUAAAUCGAUGUGCGCGUUACUUAAUCUAGACCCUCAUCUACGCGGAAAAGAACGAUUCUCAGAGGGCUCUCUUAAUUUACAAGCGACUAAAUUAUAUAAUUCGAGAUCAAAAAACGACAAAUCUCGAAUAUUUGUAAAACGCGAAAAACUGAGCCCACAAUUAUGAAAAAUGCGGUAAUUUAUUUCCUUUUAAAUUUUGAGAGACGCACGUGUGUGCCAGUGAAUGGGAAUUUAAAAACCAAAAUUGAGUCUAAAGAAUCAAGACACGCUCAUUGCAUUAUUUCAUACAAAUCACCAUUGGAAACGAAAAUUAGCCUGUCGAUUUUUGUCCUCACCGUUGAAUUAAGCAAGUCCCUCAAUAACGAAAUACAUUAAUCGAGGUGUUCACUGUUGAAUUCAAUUCAAUGUACGAUGAGUAUUUAGAUUUAGACACAUUCAAAAUCUCGAACUUUGUUUUCGGAAGAGCUUACCACGUUUCGAAAGAUCGUUGUAUUCUGAUACACAUAUCUCUUAGUUCGGGGGAUUUAAAAGUAAAAAAGAAAACUAUUUUGGAUCAAAAUCGAAUCGCAACAACGAGAGGGAGUGAAAAUGUAAACAAACUUUGAUUGACGCAUGCGAAUUGUGAUGCUUGAAAAGAGAAUAAAUAUUUUGCUAAACAAAGGAUAUCAACGUUUUAACAUCAAGCCAUUGUUAAACUAAUUAUACACCCACACACACAUAUUGUAUUGACACGCAAUAAUGAUAUUUUUAACCCUGGCGAGGCGAAUCAAUGAAUCGGAUAUUUACAUCUAUCACUAUUAUAAUAAUAAUUGUUAUAGAUAUAUACAAAUAUUUACAUAUAUACAGCAAAUAAUAUAUGUGGAAACUCAAAUUAAAAAUUUUGGCCACAAAAGUGCGCCGUUGAUUUUAGUGGACGAGAUAAAAAACUUUUAAAAUAUUAAUAUUUUCGGUGAUGCGGAAUAAAAAAAAUCUUUAACUGAAAAGCGCUUAAAUGAGGAACAAUUUGAAAGGGGAUGAGAACGUAUUUUUUCCCCCGCAAAUAUUGCGUAUUAUUUUAAAAUUGGACAGAAUAAUGCUUGAAAUUGGAAAUGUUGUGAAAUUUGUGAAAUGAAAAAUUGCCACUCGGUGCAAUAAACUAUAAUAUUGGAAAGUAAUAAAAAGAUCAUAGCACAAAGUCGCUGUUAUUUCCCAAAUUUGAUGUUUAAAAAAAUAUAGUUGAUAAAAAAAAUUAAAAGUUUGAUCGUGAUGUUGCAGGUAAUUAAUUGUAUCGGUGGUGUGUAUAAAUUUAGGCGAGCAAAUAACACAAAACACACCCCUUUGCGGCCACAAACCAGCAUGAUUGUGUAGAGAAAAAUAAAAUUCACCAGAGCUGUGUGCGUUUAAGUUUUAAUUUAUUUUUUGUUGGAAAAAUUGUUACUUAUGUUUUGAAAAGUUGAACAAUAAAAGCAGCAGUUGAU